AUGGAGCUGCGUUGCUUGACUGACGAUGGGGCGCUCGUGCGUGCUGUACAGAAGCACAAUUUGGGCGUGUUGCCUGUGCAGCCCCCUCCUUUCUGUUACCGUCGAGCUGAAAGAGAUCGAUAUCGAUUGUCGUGGGCUGCAGUGACUCGUGGUACGUGUAUCGUGCGUGGCGCUGCAGUUGCUGAGCUCGAAUUGGAACGCGGUGGACGGCGCACAGUGCAACUCCGUACACUGGCAGUCUCUCCUCAAUUUCGACGUCAAGGAGUUGGACGUGCGAUUAUGGAAAAACUGAUCCAACAGGUCAAGAAAGUGAAGGAAAAAGAGGGAGAGGACAUUCAAGUUGUGAGUCUCCACGUUCAUGCUGGCAACGAUGAAGCGCUGACGUUCUACGAAGCUCAGGGGUUUGUGAGAAAAGCUGAAAUUGAUGAUUACUAUCGUCAUUUGGAGCCACGGACUGCAGUCGUGAUGGAGUUUUUACUUGAUUGA